AGGCACAUGGGUAUUUGCAAAUACUUGCUCGAAUGCAUAUAACAACCGCUUUUAAAUGUGGACUUUAUCAAUUAAUGACCUCGCGGAUUUUUAAAUGGCCUUUCUCUCUUUCUCUUAAUGCAUUUUGUCGAGUCACACUCGACGAAAGGAGGUUUCAGCACUUUCGAUUUUCAAACGUAUUUGAUCGAAAUCAAUUGGAAAAUAAUUUUCGCUGGUCGCGAAUCCGACGAUUCGCAUAUUUUUUACAAGCGGGCAACAGUGCAGACUGUUGGCAAAGCUUGCGAAAUUAUAAAUGUACAAGGCAUCGUCAUUAGCGAGAUCAAUUAGAUAUCGACGACGCGCUGACACGCGUAGAGGCAAUUAGGAAGAUCGAUCGUGGUACGGACAGGAUGCAACGAUCGAGGUUGACCGAUAACGAUUCGCAAAGACGAUGAAUACGACGUUUUUUCUUCUUCGAUCGUUUGUAAUCCUUGGGGAAAAGAAAAAACGAAAAAAAGGAAAAAAAAAAAAAAAAAGAAAAGAACAGAAACAACAACAGAAAGAAGAAAUUGAUCAAAAAUUCGAUCUUAAUAAAAUAUAUGCUUAUUAAAUGGAGAUUCAUUUAUCCCUUACAUAAUACAUUCUCUAACCUCCCUAUUUAUUACGAUCGACAAAAUUUCCUCGGAUUAUACUUCUCGCGGUAACUUUCGCGGUGAGUUUACGCUAAUAGUUACAAAAUAGUUUCGUUUAGCAUGUGCUUUUGUACGCACGUAUCCGUGUACAUAUUCAUGCACUUACAUAUGUGCGUACGAGGAAAGUAUUUCUCCUCGCGUGAAUGGAAUGCUGAAUUUGUGAAAUUCUCAUCGGUCGCGUACGUAAAUACAUGUACGCUCUUUAAAAUUCGAAUGUAUUUUUCGAAAAGAGCACUCCUCGUGGCGCACAUUUUAUAUUCAUAAAAUUUCAACGUAUACGAAAAUUAGAGAUUGGGCGUUUGCGCACGAUCAGAUAUUAUUAAUAAUCCCGCGAAUAAUUCUCAUAGAGAGAUCGAUAAUUACGACGAAAAUGCAAAAUAAAUGCGAACUCGAUGUUGAAACGACUCUGGGAUAUACGGCAUUGAGUUUAUACAAGAUAUUUUUGGCGAAUUUUAAUAGUCCGUUAGUUUGUAGUAACAGACGAAUGGCUUGAAACAGAUCGCUUUAGCGUCGUACCGCAGAUACGCCUUAGAAAAGAAGAACUUUCCGAUCGGCAUGGCCGUUCAACGAAUAACAAAACAACUAACGAGAACCGAUCUAAUAAGAACUUGAUCGGCUAUUUAUAAUUUUCAAUCGAUCGUUAAAUGGGUCUUAUAUUAUCGAAUCAUCUUCGAUAUCGAGUCUAAUUAUCGAGAAUCUAAAAGAACCCUCGUACACGUUUCAAUCGUUGUCGCAAAUUUACGAGCAACGCGACGAAAUAAUCGAUCGAUUGCCCAACUUGCCACCAGCAAUAUCGAGCAGCCCGCAUGAGUUACGAAUGAAAAAGGAAAAUAGAGAAAAAAUAUAGAAAAAAAUGAUUUCCUGCUUCCUAGUUCGCGCUACGUUUAUUCGAUUUUCUACGAGACACAACCAAAAAGAUUCGACCAGAAGAUUCUUUAUUACGCAUGUAUAUUUUUUCUUUUUUCUUCCUUUUGUUUAUUUUGCGAGUUCAUUGGCACGUGGACAUAUGAUAGGUACAUACGUAGAGAGUUUUUCACUGCUGCAAAUGACCGACUAAAUGAUUAUUGCCAUGUAAACGCGGAAAGAAAGUGAACGUUUCGUGAUGUCGACCGUUCUGGGGAUCUUCACCGCUUGAGUGUCCGUCAUUAAAUAUAGAUUAUUAAUAAAAGUUACGAGGGCUGCUAAUUUAAAGCAUCGUGCUUUCGUAAAAGUUCCAAAUAAAGUAAGCGUUGCAGGAGUAAGAAACGAACGCUUUGACACAGCAUCGGAACAAGAAAGAAAACGAACGUUGUUACAAUUAUCACUAGGAUAUAGUAAAGACAUAAAAAAGAACUUUCUCAAAGAAAAUCCUUAUAUUUCAAAGUAUAACGACGACUUGUUGGUUUUUGAAAGCGAGCCAUAAAAAAAAAAAAGUGAAAUCCAGUCUAUAAUUCGUUUUGAUACAUCUCUUUCUAGCUUAUAGUUAUAAAACUUGAAUAUUUCCAAGUCGAAGGGUCUUCGUUUUAAAAAGAAAUAUUACCAUUUUUGGAGGAUUAUGCUGGACUGUUUCGAGCGGUUCCGAGAGAACCGAUAGGAGGUCUUAUACAUAAGCGAACGUUUAAUCGUACGUUUGGUCAACGAGUUAAACAAUAUCCAGAGAAUUACCAUCGAAAAUAUAGAUCGAUAGAGAAGAUGAUGAUCGUCAAAAGUGUCUGGUCUUUCUCAUAUAGAAACUAAAGACGGUGAAAGGGAUAGCAUGACUUCCCACAAUCCCGAAUCGGAAGAAAGUCAAAGGAUGCGACCGGUUCGGUCGUUUCUAAGCAUAUUGGAGGAAGCUAGACGUUUCCUAAGAUAGCUCUUCUCUCCUUUUAACGCGAGAGAUGACGAUUCGUUUUAUCCCAGAAAAUUGCUAUUUCAAAAUUUUAAGGAAGGACCAAUCGGUUCUCGCCGACCAUCGCGCCUUUAUAUAUAUCAUAGGUAUCAGUACGAGACAAUUUAUCUUCGUAGUUAAUUGCGCAAGCAACGGCGGACUUUCGGUAGGCAUAUUUUCUAAUACGAGAACUUGAACUUAACCCAAGCCCAAUCGACCUUACGGUAACUAAGUUCCUACGUUAGUGAAAGCGCAAUCUCUCGGCCGGCUAUUUUUCUUAUGGGAUGAGAUCAGAUUUUUGCGAUCGUUAUUUCCUCUCCUUUUCUUUCUAUUCUAUCUUUUUUUUUUCUUUUUUUUUUUUUUUUUUUUUUUUUUUUUUUACAUAACGACGACUCCGUAUUUCCUCCCCUCCAUUGAAAGAACGGAGGCAGAAUUUUUAAUUCUUUUUUCAUUCUCCUCACUUUCGCACACGCGCGUUGUCUAUCUACAAUUUUCCCUUUGGCGGUCUAAGAAAACAAGAAACAAAAAAGAAAAGAAAAAGAAAAGAAAAAAAGAAAAAAAAAAACAGACACCUUUAAUUGAACGGAAGCAGGUGCUUAAGAGAGCGUGGUUACAUAAGAAUAAAAUAAUAAAUCCUCCAACGAAAAGGGACUCGCGUCGGUCGCGAGUCUCCUUCGCCUUGUUCCUUACCUCUGCGAGGUGGGUAACGAGGACGUCUCGUCGUUGGAUCCCCUCCAAAGAAGAACUCAGGAUGUUGUAGCUUGGCUUGGAAGAGUUGGGAGUCCCGUAUAAUAAAACGCUCUUCCUCUAUUUGAUGCCCCUCCACCGUCUACUCGUCCACUUCUCUAUGUGUGUCUCUAUGCCUAGGGCAUCUAGGAGCCUAACCGGAGAAACGCAUUCGCUAUAAAAGCUUCGUAUGUCCGAAGGAAUUUGUCAGAAGAGUGACGAACCGUAACAAAAAAAAAAGCAGCGCCAAUACUCGCUGCUCCCUUUUAGUUCUUCGUCGCGAACCAGGGAGGACUUCUGGAAGUCGAAGAUGUGGCUCGCACUGAUAUUGCUUGGAUCCCUUUUCGUCGCCUCCACCAAUGGUGAUCCGAUCAGAACGAAGAAAGAGGCACCACUUAGUCCACAGUAUGGCCCGCCGGCUGCUUCUUAUGGAGUACCGAACGUAGGUCCUUCGGAUUCGUAUGGUGCUCCACCAGUACCAUCGUCGUCUUACGGCGCUCCAUCUGGACCAUCCACUUCUUACGGUGCCCCGUCUGGGCCAUCAUCGUCCUAUGGCGCGCCAUCUUCCAGCUACGGAGCUCCAUCCUCCGGGCAUGCCUCUUUUGGGGGUGAUCACGGAUCCUUCGGAGGAGCCGAUCAUGGAUCGUUAGGCGGUGGAUCGUUCGACAGUGGUUACGGGGGUGAUCAUGGUUCGCUAGGCGGCGGCGGCGGCGGCGGCGGCGGCGGCGAUGGCGGUUUCGGUGGAGAUUUUGGAUCGUACGGAGGAGGACAUCACGGAGGAGGUGGAGGAGGAGGCGGUGGUGAUUUUGGAUCGUACGGAGGAGGACAUCACGGGACUGGAGGAGGCGGCGGUGGUGACUUCGGAUCGUACGGAGGAGGACAUCACGGAGGAGGUGGAGGAGGCAGCGGUGGUGACUUCGGAUCGCACGGAGGAGGACAUCACGGAGGAGGUGGAGGAGGCAGCGGUGGUGAUUUCGGAUCGUACGGAGGUGGACAUCACGGGGCUGGAGGAGGCGGCGGUGGUGACUUCGGAUCGUACGGAGGAGGACAUCACGGGGCUGGAGGAGGCGGCGGUGGUGAUUUUGGAUCGUACGGAGGAGGACAUCACGGGGCUGGAGGUGGCGGCGGUGGUGAUUUUGGAUCUUACGGAGGAGGACAUCACGGAGGCGGUGGAGGAGGAGGAGGAGGAGGAGGAGGAUCUGCGCUUGGUCCCAUUUACGGUCCACCCUCGCAAUCCUACGGUCCUCCGGCGGCCUCCUACGGUCCUCCGGCGGCCUCCUACGGUCCGCCUGGUCACGAUCAGCCGAAGGGAGUAUGGAAGAAAAAGCUCACGUGGAAGGCCGAAUGGAAGCAGAUAUGGAAAACGGAGUCGAAACUAACGUGGAAACAGGAAUGGAAAAAGGUUCAGGUGCCAAUUUGGAAGGAAGUACAGGUGCCAGAAUGGAAGGAAAUUCAAGUGCCAGCUUGGAAGAAGGUACAAAAGCCAAUUUGGAAGGAGAUCCAAGUACCCAUUUGGAAGGAGAUUCAGGUACCAGCUUGGAAGAAAGUUUGGAAGCCUGUUUGGAAGGAGAUACAAGUACCAAUUUGGAAGGACGUUCAAGUGCCCGACUGGAAGAAGAUUUGGAUACCAGAAUGGAUAAAGAUCGGUAUUCCCGGGGAACAAUACGUCGGCAAGGAUCAACACGGUUGGCAAUAUACCAGUCACGAUCUCUGGAAGAAGAAACUCAUUUGGAAGCCGAUCUGGAAGAAAAUUUGGAGGACCGAGAAGAAGCAAGCUUGGGUUACGGAUAAGAAGCUCGAAUGGAAAGCCGAAUGGAAGCAAAUUUGGAAAACCGAAAAGAAACAAGUAUGGGUGACCGAUAAGAAACUUGUAUGGAAGGAGGAGUCCGUACAGGUUUGGUUACCUAAAAAACAACAGAUUUGGGUCACGCAAAAGAAGCAGGUGUGGAAGGACGAAUGGAAAAGCAAGUGGGUACCGGUUUGGAAGAACGUACAAGUACCGGCCUGGAAGAAGAUUUGGAAGCCCGUUUGGGAGAAAGUUUGGGUACAAAUAGAAUCUCAUCACGACGGAGGCCACCAUGGUUACAAGUAAUACGAUAAUAUUAGCGUAGUCGUUAGGAUAUCAAAGUUAACUUCGUAGUUGACUUUUUUUCCAAAGUUCGUAGAAUGUGUUUCAAUUAUGGGUCGAUAAUUUCAGGCUCGACGAUAGUUCCCUGUUAGACGCGAUUAUGGAAUAACGAAUGGAAUAGAAAGUAUAGUGUUUCGUCGAAAUAAGAAGGACGGAGAGUAGUUUUGGCUCGUGAUAUUGCGACUUCAUUAUUCCGUAAAUGUCGAAUAAAUAUCAAGACUUGUCUGCCCGCCCUCUUCCCCCCCCCCCCCCUGUAAAUAAGGUGAUUAAAAGAUUGCAAGCGCAUCGAUAUUUUUGUACGUUUUGCGUUUACUAUAAUCUAAUAAAUAUUUUUUUUUACCA